CCAGAUCAGACCUCAUACAGUUGAUGAUCAACGCCUACCAUCUGCAAGAUAAGAUCAAUUUGCAGUCUUUCUGUGGAUACAUUAAUAUAAGUGGUGAAAAAUAAAUCGACAAUUAGCAUGAGGCGUCUCGUGGCUGAAAUCCUUUGUAUUUUUAUCAGGAUCGUGUUUUCCCAGACACCUCAACCUUCAUAUUCUUGUGAGGACACUGGCAUUGACAAGAUUAUAAAGGUGACUAUUAACGAAAAUGGUGCGACUGCAUUUUCAAAAGUCUACGCAAAUGGAAAGCCAUCAUGUGCAUUGACAGAGGUGACGAGUGGCCUAUGGGAGAUUGAGAUGAACCUUAACAACGGUGUUGACUCGUCCCAUUAUGCGAUGUGUGGUUUACAGGGCGACGGAACAUCGGCAACACCGUAUACCGGCACGUUCAUAUCUCAGUCAAGUGAUCUCACCAUUGAACUUGGAACAGAUUGGCAGUUUGUGUUAAGUCCUGGGUGUGAUUUUACGAACGCUGCAGCCACUGGAUCCGUUGUGACUUUUGAUGCAAAUGGUUUAAGCUCAGGAUUCCCGUCGGUGACGGCCGUCUCAGCGGCGCCUACAGUUACUAUGUCUAUUUUGGCCUUUGACUCUACGGGUGCCGCUCCGAAUAUUGUAGUAGAAAAUGGGGGAACUGUCAGUAUGGCAACAUUCGAUCUCCUAGAGAUAACGUUCAACAUGUCAUUGGUAGAAAAUAACAUCGCGCAAACGGGUUUGUGGGUCGGCCGUGUCUUUAUGUCACCACAAACUGCAGCCACUUCCGCCGAGAAUUUCGCCCGAGGGUUUGCAAUAACUGACGAAUAUGGUUGUGGAACAGAUGCCGCUGCAACGGCAGGCGAAGCAGAUUUCAUUCACACGAGCGAAUCCUUCAGCGGCCUGGCUGUCGAUUCUAGCUACAUCUCUACCUCACCUAGAAUCAGCUUGUUCAGGUUUCCACUAAGUGAUACUAUUUCUAUAACGGCUCACAUUUUUUACUGUAGUGCAGCCAACCAAGGCGAUUGCGAUGGGGACAGAACGUGUCCUCAUGUUCCGUCUAAAAAGAGGCGUGACGUCACAGCGGACGCUGCAGAUACUCGCAUGGAAGACUACGUUAGCUCGGUUUUCAAGGUGACGCUUGGUCCUGUUCCGGAAUCCACCAAGACUGGAGAUGAUCCACCAAAUACGUUUAUCAAAUCAGCAGCACCUUGCCUAAAGAGCACAGCGUUUCUUGUUGUCGUUAUCGUACUAUCCUCACUUUUGGUUGUCGCAAUAGGCACCGUCAUCUAUGCAAUAGCCGUGAUGAGACGUUCAAAAAGACGUGACAAAGAACACCCAAAUGACCUACAUUAGAAAAGAGACAUAUCCCUUUCGGAAACCUAAUUGUUACAAUCAUACAAGAAUCAACUAACGAACUUCUUAAAGACGUUUUGUGUAUCAGUUUCGCUAUGGUUACGAGCCAGUACCAGCUAUAACCAUGGUACUGUACAUGGUACUGUACAUCAAAUAUUAUGUUACCAGGUUUUAUAAAAAAUGUGUAAAAAGCAAAUGUAUAAAGCUACCACUAAUUUACUUAUAGAAA